AUGUCUCCCGAACCUCAACAACCCGCCAAGCCCUCUUUUCACAGAGGCAGCUUUGUCGAUGAGCUCGAGACCGCCCGCAAAGACUUGACACAGAAGCUAGUCACCGGCCAGUCUCCAUCUGAGGCUCGAUCGGCUUCGUCAGCAGACUCUCUCCCAGCUUUGACGCUGUCGUCAUCAGGAGAUUCGGCCUCUUCCUUGAGCCCUUCUAUGAGCGCCACACCCUCCACACCACCCACGGAGCCGACAUCGCCGCCUGAGGAUCUGGUUGCAGACAGUUUUGCUUUCGCCUUCGAUAUCGACGGCGUUCUUAUCCGGGGUGGACGCGCAAUUCCCGAGGCCGUUGAGGCCAUGAAGGUGCUUAACGGCAAGAACGAGUAUGGAAUCAAAAUUCCUUACAUCUUUCUGACCAACGGUGGUGGCAAGUCCGAGGCAGAAAGAUGCCGUGAUCUGUCCAAGCAAAUGGAGAUUGAUAUCUCGCCGUCUCAGUUCAUCUGUGGACACACUCCCAUGUCGGAGAUGGCUACCAAGUAUGGUACUGUCCUCGUCGUCGGUGGUGAGGGCGAGAAAUGCCGUAUGGUCGCUGAGUCAUAUGGCUUCAAGGAUGUUGUCACUCCGGGCGAUAUCAUCAAGCACAACAGCGCGACUACUCCUUUCCGCAAACUUACUGCCGAGGAGCUUGCCAACUCUCGUGAGCGCGACUUCACCGAUGUGACCAUCGAUGCUGUCUUUGUCUUCGCGGACUCUCGCGACUGGGCUGGCGACCUUCAAAUCAUCCUUGACGUUGCCAUGUCGAAGGGUGGUCGCCUCGGUACCACCUCCGAGACCUUCGACGAGGGCCCGCCAAUCUACUUCUCCCACAGCGACGUCCUCUGGUCUGCUGCCCAUGACGAUCCUCGUCUUGGCAUGGGUGCCCUGCGGGGCAUUGUAGAAUACACGUUCAAGGAGGUUACCAAGGGCAAGACCUUGACUACUCAUGCUUUCGGCAAGCCUCAGAUUGGCACUUUCGAGUUCGCUACAAGACUUCUGCAAAGAUGGCGCAAGAACGAGCACAACCUGGAUUCCCCACCCGAGACUGUUUACUUCGUUGGUGACACUCCCGAGAGUGACAUCCGGGGUACCAACAACUAUAACACUCAGGCCAAGAACGACUGGUACAGCAUUCUCGUCGAGACCGGUAUCUACCAGCAGGGUACUACACCUACCUACAAACCCCGUAACACUGUUCCCACUGUGCUUGAUGCUGUGAACCACGGCAUCAAGCGUGAGAUGCAGAAGAAGAAGUUCAACGGCAAGCUGGGUCUGGCCGAAAUUGAGAAGAACUUCAAGCCAAGACUUAACGAUCUCCCCAACUGGCUGCUGAGCAACAGCGACUGCGCCGUCCUCAGCCCGUCUGAGGAGCGCGCCCUCGAGCUCGUCGUCUCUUGA